GACCAGACUCGGAGUGAGCGCACGCAAGACGCGCCUACCGCAGCUAAAAGACUUUGCUUAUUUCCCGGGACACGAGACAAGAGGGUCCGGGCCACCUGUCAGGAGGGCUGUACAUCCAAAUGCUGUAUUUGAGGCAUCUGGAGGCUGCUUGUUUAACCAUGGGCGCGCUGUUUUCGCUAUUAUAGCCUCUCGGAGACAAAGGAGGAGAAAGUUAUUCUGCUGCUUUCUUUGUGUUAUUCUUUGUGGUCUUUCCAGCCGCAUGAGUUCACCGCUGCUUUUAAGUCAGCUGGUCGGGGUUCCGUUAGAAAUAAUGCGCCCCAUGGAGAAAGACACAACUUACACUAAGAUCUUUGUCGGGGGAUUGCCUUAUCACACCAACGACGCUUCACUUCGGAAAUAUUUCGAGAAUUUCGGGGAGAUUGACGAGGCGGUGGUGAUCACGGACAAACAAACGGGGAAAUCCAGAGGAUACGGCUUUGUGACCAUGGUGGACAGGGGGGCAGCAGACCAGGCGUGCAAAGAUGCAAACCCCAUUAUUGAUGGCAGGAAGGCCAACGUGAACCUGGCAUACCUGGGAGCAAAGUCUCGUAGCUCACAGACAAGUUUCGCUGUUGGAGUUCAGCAAGUCCCUCCUACAUGGGCUCAGAGGCAAUAUGGGCUUGCCCAGCAGUACGUCUACCCCCAGGCCUUCCUUCAGCCCAGUCUGGUGCUGCAGUCCCAGCUCAGCCCCACAGCAGCAGCACUGGCCUCCCCUUACCUGGACUACAGCUCUGCCUACCUUUCUCCACUACCCUCUGCACCAGCCUGA